CUGACUGUUGACUCUUGACUGCUCCCAGAAGUUGAGUCGGGGUCGAACACGUGACGGCGCCUGACGUCAGCCAAGCGGCGUCGCCCCGCGCACAAGGACGGCGGCGUUUACCUGGCGAUGUUGCAUGGCUGCUUGACGAGGUGUGCAGCACUUACGGCUCCUUCAAGACGUUCCAACCAUACAUCCACACCCGACCUCCGAGACAUCCGAUCACGAGCAUACCCUAUAUCAGCUACUCAAAGCCGGUGCUGUACCUACAGCAGCUACUCCAUAGACUCUCUCGAAAUCCACCAGCGAGCAUCGAUACGCAGGGCACUCGCCCACGACUUGCCCCACGAAUUACAUCAUGUCCGCUGCGUCGUCCAACCUCUUGCCGAAGCAGGACUCACCUGCACACAAGUCUGUGGCGGAAUUUGUCGGAUCAUCAGCUAACGGCGGUCCCCCUGCGCAAGCGUUUAGCUUUGAUGGGGAGAGGGGAACGGGAAGAGCAUCUUUGUGCAAGCACUUGCCUGGAGGUAGAACAGAGUGCACAGACAUCGCGUUGGAAGCAAAAGAUUUGUUCGCUCAGAUGCAAUCCCUAGGAUUCUUCUGUCAAUUGCCUCAAGACCCCGCAUUGACCCACAUUCAAUGUCGCAAGCUGCCACAGUGAAGUCCACCAAGGCGCCUGAUGAAUGCAAUCAACCUCUCAGUUUGUUUGCCUGCAGGGUGUUGUGUUACUGUCUACCCAAUCUCCUCAGCGGACUGGAGAGUGUUUCUCGGCCCGAGGUGUAGACGAGCUCGUCUCUCAGCGAAUUCGCAUGAGGGACGUUGUAUGCUGCCUCUGCGAGCGAGUGAGCUCGCGUGGCCGAGCUUCUGCAGGGGUGCGGCGAUAUCUGCCAGCUUGGCCGCUCCUUGCUUCGAUCGCCAAUCAUGAAUCGUGAAUCUUUGACUUGCCA